CCAGCUCCUCCGCCUCCUCCCCUACAACUGGUACGCCACGUCCCCCACCGCCCACGACCUCCCCUCCGGUCCUCUCCAAAUCUAAGCGGGACGGGGAGGACAGAAGCCUAAACCCUAACCCCCGAGUCGGAUCCCGCCGCCGCCAUGGACAUGGGAGCGAUGAGCGACCCCGAGAGGAUGUUCUUCUUCGAGCUGGCGUGCAAGAACGCCGAGGCAGCAUACGGCCAGAACCCCCUCGACGCCGACAACCUGACGCGGUGGGGCGGCGCGCUGCUGGAGCUGUCGCAGGUGCGGAACGGCCCAGAGAGCCUCCAGUGCCUUGAAGAUGCGGAAUCCAAGCUGGAGGAAGCAUUGAAAAUUGAUCCCAGCAAGGCUGAUGCACUAUGGUGCUUGGGAAAUGCUCAGACCUCUCAUGGAUUCUUCACUCCAGAUACUGUAAAGGCAAAUGAGUUCUUUGAAAAGGCAACUGAGUGUUUCAAGAAGGCUGUUGAUGUGGAACCCGUAAAUGAGUUGUACAAGAAGUCUUUGGAGUUGUCAUCUAAGGCACCUGACCUGCAUUUGGAGAUCCAUAGGCAAAUGGCUUCUCAGGCAUCCCAAGCAUCCCCGGCCUCAAAUCCAAGGCAACCAAGGAAGAAAAAGAAGGAUAAUGACUUCUGGUAUGAUUGUUUUGGAUGGGUGAUUCUUGGUGCUGGCAUUUUUGCUUGGGUUGGAAUGGCCAAAGCUAACGCCCCUCCGCCACCAGCCAGGUUUUAACUGGAUCCGCUGCCGACAAUACCUUGCAAAUGGCACGAGUAUGUUAUGUGCCUCAGGCGUGAAUCUUGCUAGGAGUUAGUUUAUGUAUGGAGAGGAAUGGUGUUUCCAUGUUACAGUUUGGUCAAAUUUUCAUCCGUCUUACUUUCCAGCAUUGAUGAGGUUUCCUUUGUCAUC